AUAAACGUUACUAAGAGCAAUUGCCAUAAGUUGAAGAACCCUUCCCCGUGGUGUUUUUAGGUGUAAUUGUAGCUGCGGCAGGAAAGAAAGCACAGUCAGUGUCACUGACCGUUGUUUAUGUUUUUUUAUUACCAGUAAUGAAAAUAGUAAUAGCAGCAUUGAGCAAUACUGCGUAGAGAAUAAUAUACAAAUAUAUAUAUUUUCUGUUUAAUUGAUACCAAGUUUAUUAAUUAGCAUAGCUAAACACUUGAACUGGAGCUUCACUGCCACUGUUUGGACCUAUGUUGUAUAUAAGUCGUCAACAAUAAAUAGCUGCUCGUUUUCUGUAUUAAAAAGAAGAAAUUGGUGCCAUUAAAGAAGAAUGACAUUAUUGGAAACAUUAAUCUUUCCCAUUUUUGACAUGUCUAAUUAAGUAAACAAUUAACAUUUACUAACCUCAGCAAUUUAUUUUCACUUUUUUGCAUAAAAAUAUCUCAUAUGGUGAGAGCCUUAACUGAUAGCAUUUUUUUCUCUCUUAGAUGUAUAUAUAAAGCAUAGCUUGAUUAAAACUCUAUUUAUAAUUGUACCUUUAUAGCUAUAGUUCUUUUUGUUUUUUUAGCAAAAUAAAAUAUGAAAUUUUGUGAUGGUUGACAUAAGUUAUGAAGGAAACGAUCGGUGGAAUAUUCCUGAUGACAGACAGCUUGCCCUACGUGGAAGACUUGAAACUGGUUGGUCCAGCUAUCGUGGAAAUGAUUUCAGUCAUAAACGAGAAUUGUCACUAACAGAAGAAGAACAGCAGAUCAUUUUUAAUGUUUUACAGCGGACUGAAUCUAUUCAAGCUUCAGAAGAACAGCGCAUAGGGUUACUUGUCAAAAAUUUGGAAUAUAUGCGAAAGAAUGUAUUAGGUGAUGGAGUAACGACAUGUUUAAUAUGUGGUACAAAAACUGGUUUGCUAAAGGAGAGCUUGCGAUAUUGUGCAAAAUGUGGUCAGAUGGUUUGUCCAAAGUGCAGCAUUGAGAGAUGUAAUAUUCAAGAAGUGCCUUGCAAGCGUUGUUACUGUGUGUUGUGUUAUGAAGAAAGACAGCUUUGGAAACGCUCGGGAGCAUGGUUUUAUAAUUCAAUACCAAAAUAUAUUAUACCCAAUACAGACUGUGCUGAAGCAAGUCGAAAGGGCACAUUAGUAAGACAUUGCUCUGGUAGCUCAAUCCAAGGAUCAGAUUCGAUUGGUCGAGGUUCAUCAAUGAUGCAUUUAGAAUACUCUGAAAGUAUCGAUGAUGCUAGUGAUGACUCAGACAUAGAGACUGCAUCAGUAAAAGCGUUUGAUAUACCUGAAGAUCAACGUUCUGUUACCUGGCAUAACCAGAUUGAUGUCGAUGAAGAAAGCAUAGGGAGUGGAAAAAACAGAUCGGCCAGUUAUACGUCGCGAUCAGGACGAGCUAGCAACAUUAAAGGACCUUCGUUUGAAUUUUCAUCACCCGAUGAUGAAGACGGCCCGUCAAUGAGGAAACUCUCCAAUGAUGAUCGAUACACUAGUGAGUCCAGUCUACCCCAAGAUCUCUCACCGAUGUUGACCAGAAGUGGCCGUUCAGUUGAUCGUAACUUAUUGCACGGAAGUUCCUCAUCUUUGGACGUCAAAUCAGACAAAAAACAUAAAUUAGCUAUCAGAAAACCAUGGCGAAAAAAGAGUCGUGACCAGAGUGACGUCAUGUCGGCGUCGCUUGAACAAAGUCCGACGUUGUCGCGUAAACUUCAGCAAAAUGGCGUCAAUAACAAUACUGAGAGUGUAAGUAACAACAGUGAGGAACAAGACAUAGAUAGUAUGUUUAAAUCGUACGAGGAGAAGUCGAACGCAAACGGUGAAAAGAAAGAAUAUCACGGCAAAUACGGCAUGAUCGAGUUUACGCUGCAGUAUGAUCCCAAUACACAAGAAUUAUUAGUCAUUAUUCAAAGGUGCAAGGGUUUAAAGGGCGAGAAAGGCAAGAUACCGUCCGCGUAUGUAAAAACAUAUUUACUACCAGAAGCAGCUAAGGCUUCAAAAAAGCGAACAACCACGAUAAAGAAGACCACUGACCCUGUGUUUGAUGAAACACUUGUUUAUUAUGGAGUGGCUGAAACUGAUGUACAAAGUAAAGGACUUCGGUUAUCUGUGAUGGAUGAAACCAAAAUAGGCGGCAGUUCUAUCAUUGGCGAGACAUGCAUCCCAUUGAAAAAUUUGACAACUCGACCAGUACAACAAUUUCGAAGGAUUUUGGAUUCACGAAGUAAUGACGAGACAUUAUUUCUCGAUUCAAAAAACACAAGUUCGAAUCCGGGAAGAAUCGAAAUCGCAUUGCAUUAUUUGUCAAAACAAGAAAAGUUAGUUGUAGAAAUUAUAAGAUGUGCAGGCUUGAAGGCGCUUGAUCAAAACGGAUAUUCUGAUCCCUAUGUUAAGUGUUACCUACUACCUGAUCCACAUAAACGAACGAAGCAAAAAACAGCUGUGAAAAAGAAAACCCUCAAUCCUGAAUUCAAUGAGGAGUUCUCGUAUAAAAUACCGCAUGCUGAACUAGCAAAGAAGACAUUACAUGUAUCUGUUUGGGAUUAUGAUAUGGGAAGAACAAACGAUUUUAUUGGUGGUCUAACGCUUGGUAUUGAAUCCAGCGGUGAAGCACUACGUCACUGGUUCGAAACUCUGAAAACAGCUGAUCGACGUGUUAUUAAGUGGCACACCUUGAGUGAGACGUGUCCAGUUAUUAAUGAGUAACGAAAUGUGGCGCACAACGUAGUUUGUGUUAUUAGUGUUCUACAAAGUGUUUCAUUUCAUUGAAGACAUAAAAAAACUUGUUAAACAACCUUUUUUGCGUCGGUCAGAAAGUCGACAAGUUCUAUUAAGUUGCGUCACGCCGUCGAUUUACUUUCUAACAUUUUAAAAAUCGUUUCUUCAAAAAAGUGAUCUUGAAAUUACAAGCAUAACGUUGACCUUCACAUCGGCAAUUGUCACAUUUUGACGUCAAUUAAAAGGGCAGCUGUAGAAGUCACAUCCAUAUAUUUUUUGUUGUGUUUUUUUUUCUUAGCAAUGCUUCUGUGUGCGUAGGUUCCUAUUUGUUUUUUUGUUAAAACUAUUUAAUAUAUUUUUUGUCAAAGUAUUUUAUUUUAUUAUGAUAGCGAUUGAUUUUUUUAUAAGGUGUAUAGUUUAAGAAUUAAAAUUGAUUGUUUGAUUUAUUUUAUCCACAACACUCUGUGUAUCACGGCGUAACCAUGCUUUUUAUAAGAAUGUGCUUUAUAAGAAUAUUAGGCUGAGAUUGCAGAUUAAAUGUACCCCCCUGGUUAGAAUUUUUUCAUUCUUAUGAAAUGUGUAUAAUACUAGACUCCCGGAAUAUUGCCAAUCGUUUCUAUCAUAUGUUCUUACAUGUCGCUAGUUCUUAUAACAUGUACCUUACUUGUUGAACACAAAGUGGAGCGGAAUUGUUUGACUAGAAUACGUACAUUUAAUAUACUUCGUAACUUUUAACCUGUUUUUGCGGGUUUUUUUUUUUUUUUUUGUAUAUCAACGUAUUUUUUUAAUACAAACGUAUCCUUCACCUCUUUCGCGACUGAACCAGGAACCAUGGUUUUUUGGCAGAUGUAACUCUUGACAGACUCUAAAAAAACGUUUUCACAAAAAAUAAAAUUUUACCUACUUUUUACUACCAACCUCAAGAUACAGCCGCUCAAAGAUAGGUCAGAAGCGUUUUGCAUACACUUUUUUAAGGGACUCCUCAUUAUUUGGACACGCACAAAUGUAUAAUUUUUGUAUAAAAUAUAUUUCGGUGUAGAUAUUAAUCAUUGGGAUGUACAAUAAAACACAGUA